UUUUCUGGGAAUUUUCUUAGUGAAGUGAAACUGCCCCAUGAUGCUCUCACUACUAGUCUUGUUGCGCCCUGAUGACAGCACAAAAUAGCCCUAUUAGAUUAUGAAUAAUUUGUGGGGCUGGGGUGCAGCCCCAUAUUACAAGACAACGGACACACCUUUAUUCCUCUCUCCUCACCUCUCCUCUCUUUGUCUUGUCUCUUCCCUAUCCUCACAUCUCUUCUACCUCUCAUUGAGUUGCAUAAAUAUACAGAAUACAAGAAUGAACGGUUUGAUUAAACACAUGCAUUGAGAGAACUACCCCAACCCUGCAUUCUAGAUUAUUAGGCUUGAUACCUGUCUGAGUGUUCCAUGAUGCAGAGUAGAGACCUGGUGACAUGUGUAACGUUACAGGUUAUAUGAUGACAGAGUAAUAUCUCUCCAUUAGAGACUUCCUGUAGUAAUAUUUUUGUAAGUUCUGUCCCAAAUGGCACCCUAUUCCCUUGUGCACUACUUUUGACCAGAGCCCUAGAUAGUGCACUACUUUUGACCAAAGUCCUAGCCCUGGUCAAAACUAGUGCACUAUGUAGGAGUAGAGUGUCAUUAGGGACUAAGACAAUAUCUCUGACUGAUAAUGAUGGAGUGAUGAUAUAAAAGGAGAGGGGAGGGGUGAGGGGAAGGAGAUGAGGAAACACUUGCAAUGUGUAAGAAUAUAAAUGCUUGCGCAUGUAGCAUCAGUCAGACAAACAAGUAGCCUACCAACUUCAGCAUCACUCAAGAGUCACUGGACACAGCACCGACAAAACAAUUAACUGGGACAUGACUUCUACACACUACCUCUCACUCCUCUCGGUGCUCGUGGUGAUGGUAGUUAACGGGAGUCCAGUGCCCAGCGCGCCUGGUUGGACCUCUGGAGAGGAGCUCGGGGUCGAAUCGUUCUCCGGUGAACCGGGCGCGCCGCCGAUAUGGGAGAACGUGAUCAAGGUGAUCAAGCUGCUCGUUCAGGAAGUGAUCAACUUCCGAGACCAACAGUUUGUGGAGGAGUUUCAGAAGCCAGUGGAAGAGAUGUCAUCAUUCAUACAGUACCAGGUCCCUUCCAUCCCCACACACCUCUCCAAGACCCCCUGCUCCACCUCAAACUACAACAAGGAGGCAUGUCUGCAGAAGAUCAGUCAUGGUCUGCAGGUGUACCAUGUUCUUCUCCAGCACGUUAAGGCUGAAUACCCACAAUCCACCCUGCUCCCCUCUGUCAUGCACCAGACUACUGUCUUGAUAGGCCUGUUCAAAGACAAGAUGAAGGCUGCUGAGGUAGUAGAGGACCUGUCUGCCAGUGAGAGGGAGCGUGUUCUGGGUGAGGUGUCUACAGGGAUAGAGUGGGAGAGGAAGACCAGCGUUCACGCCAUCCUUAGGGAACUACGUCACUUCCUGGUCGACACCAAGACAGCCCCGCGCAUGGAGAAGAGGGGCAAAGGCUGCCAGUAACCAUGACAUCACUAUGGUGGGCGGAGGUGUGUUAGAUCAGGCUUGGAGUAAAAACCUGCACUGAUGUCUUAUUCUCUGAAUCAGCUGUUUAUUUUUAUUUAUUGAAUGUAAUACUUGACUGAACUUCAAAACACAGUUAUUUAUAUAUUUAUUCAUGUAUUUAUGGUUGAGAUGAAAAAUGUAUUGAAUUUAUUUAAUCUGAUUAAUUUAUUUGAUCUCGAGCAGCUUUGUGUCUCUUGUACCCAACUUUCGAGAAACUUGUUAUAAAAAUACAUAUUUAUAUAUUUUUUAUAGCAAAUAGUGUUAUUUAUUUUCACACAAAUGGACUCAAUGUAUUUUUCUAAUUAUGACAUGUUGAUGGAUUUCAAGCACAGACUUAAAUUUAUCUCUAAAUGCCUUUACAGUACAUUAGUGACUACAUUGAUUGUGACUACUACUAGUUUGAUCGUUGUAGCCUUCAAUUGUCCAAUUAACAACCAACCAUAUUAGCAAACUUAUUUAAUUUCAAACUUGACAUUUCUCUAGUAUAGGCUACUUAUCGCAAUGAACGAUAUCAGCAAAAUGCCUGCGAUAAGUGAUCAGUAUGGUCGGUGUCGAUAAUUGUCAGUUCAUCGUCCCAGCUCUAACUGUGACAAAUGUUUUGGAUAUAAAAAGGAAUCAUAAAUGGUAUCUGAGAGAAGAGAGAAAUGUGUUGCUCAUAUGUUGUUCACCAAACAUUGUUUCAACAAGAUGGUUAUUUUCACAACAUGUGGUCAUCACAAAAACAAAAAAAAAUCCACUUGUCGGAAGGUGUCAUUCUGUCAGCAAGACGCAUACAUUAAUUCAGGCGACAAGAAUGUGUUGACUCAAUGACAAUCGCCAAAUGUCACUACACUUUUUGGUAUUUUUUAUCAGAUGCUUUUUUCCAUUAAUCAAACGGCACGAGUGCAUGGAAUUAUUUGAGUGGACGAACAUUUGUUUGACAGUAGCUAGGUUUCCAUCCAACUGGAGAGAUUUCGUUUUCUCACCAGUGGUGUUUUUCACUUAAGUUC